ACACAUUACAACUUCCGGUUUAUCGGCGCUAUGUUUUGAUUUUUGUAAUGACAUUGGAUAUGAAAAACAACGUAUUCUGGUCAAAUUUUGAUAUGGACAGUAGUGGUGAAUCAGCUGAUGCUUACAUACCAGGUCUUUCUAAAAAGGGAAAUCGACGUCCUCGUAUCAGAUGUAAGAAGACACUAGAAAUAAAACCAAAGAUUCCUGUAAAGCAGCCCCAGGUCGAGACUUACACACCAAGGAUGAAACAGCUGUCUUCCUGUAGCUCAGAUGAUACCUUGGAGAGUAGAAUGAAUAGAGAAAACAAAAGACAGACAAACAGAGUUUCUCUUAAAGAUCUAUGUGCUGAAGAUAAAAAGAGAGUUGCCAAUCUUAUCAAGGAACUGGCAAGGGUUGGAGAUGAAAAAGAGAAAUAUCUGGGACAAUUAAAGGAGGAGCGAGAAAACUUUGAAGUACAGGUUUUAAACUUGGUUCAACAACAGGAACAGGCAUUGAAGGAAAGAGAAGAAAUACAAGAAAGAUUAUUUCAAUGUCACGAACUGUUAUCUAAAUAUCAGGACCAGAUCUUAGAAAAGGAAGAGAAACUUAACGAAUCACUCAGGGAACAAGAGCUUUCACCAGGUUUGACCCAGCAUCCAUUCCGACUCAUUAAGAAUGGUCAAAGUUCUCCAUUCAGUCAGAGGUCACUGUCUCCUGCCUCCUACCAAGGGAGGUCACCCAGAACUCAACCGAUGGAGCGUAGAUACAGUCGGGAGGAAGUGAAAGCAAGGGUAGAAAGGCCGGUCACGUCCAUGAUAGAUAAAGAAAUAGCCAUGCAGAAAUCUUAUGAAGUCCCUAGUACCAUUAUUGGAGAAUCAACCAAUCAUCGGCGAGAACCGUUAAAAUCCACACUUCCUAGAAACUUCAGAGAGCCUAUCAUGUCCAGCACACACAAAAGCAUGGAAAUUCAUCCAUACGUCACUGAAUCACAAGAUUUAAUUCCCCUGAUACCAGAUACAAGUCCAAGGUCAUCUAGAAGUCAAACACCAAGAAGUUCAAGGCUGGAUGCACAACAGAAAAAUAAGCCUAGAUCAGUUGUUUUGAUUUCUGAGAAUCAUGGAGUACAGGUUGGUUUCAAAGACAAGUUGGAAUCCGAUGAGAAUUUACAGUAUUCACCAAAUCUUCACCAGAGUCAAAUAGGAGACAGAGAGUAUAUGAAAUACUACAAAAAACUGAAACCAGGUCAACGGAAACGAGAACUACUGAGCCAAAGAGAAAAACUCAUGGAGGAACAAAACAGGCUACAGGAGGUGCUCCGUGAACAGGAGCGACAAUUACAAGAGAGACAAAAACAGUUGAUUGAGAAACGUAAAAUGCAACAUGAGAGAAUAAAUUCAUUGGAAGAAAAAAUAGCAUUAGGCCAACAGGAUGAUGGCAGUGUUUUUAAUGGAAGGGUAGAUAAGUUAGACUUUGACAAGCCUCUGAGUGAAGUAGAUGAGGAUGAUAUACCCAAUGAAGCAGCUGACAUGGUAGAACAAGGAAGAAUAUCACGCCAUUCCAUCGCCACUUCACCCCUACCUCGUACCCCACCUACAGCAGAAAAAGGUACCAGUAUAUCUAGAAUGGAAUGUUCUGUCCAAGCUAACAUUCCUAUCUCCCCUCCUAGAGUUGAUAUUGGAACCAGCAUCAGUAGAAUGGAAUAUCCUAACCUAGCAGAGGACGUCCUACACACCCCUUCUAGAUAUGAUGUUGGUACAAGCAUUUCUAGAGUGUUACAGCCCAGUAACUAUGACGACCAAUUAACUCCUACUAAAAGGGAUGUAAACAAGUUUAUUGAUAAGAUGACAGAGGUCACAUCAAAUCUUGCUUCCAUGAGUCCAAGGUCUCCUGGUGUUAGUAGACAGGGUAACUUGCCCUUACCUGCAAAUAGAGGACGAAGUAAUUUAUCACCUGCUGUAAAAGUUCCAGGAGACAAGACAUUAUCAGUAGUCGACAUAGUUAACUCCCUUGAUGAAGACCUGUCAAGUCCUCUUCUGUCUGGGAGCUACCACAGUCCUAACCCUAAAUCUGUCAGCAAGAUAACCAGUCUGGAAGGAAGACUGAAAACCAGUCCUGGAGUCCGUAGUUCAUUAACUCGUAAAUCUGUCCGUGACCAAAACUUGUAUGACGACGAGAGUACUAAAGAGGAACAAGAAGAAAGUCACAUCUUAGAAGAUAUUUUUUUCUUAAAAUAAUCUGACGGAAAUUAUCCACGUAAAACUUGGCAUAAAUAAUAUGAACUGUUAUAAUUCAUCUUUACUAAAGUUUAAAUGUUAACAAGAGGAUAUUGUUCUUAAAAUAAUCUACAGUACAUACAAGGGGUUGAGACAAAUCAUUCUUGUCUUCAUAUUCUAUAGAAAGUGUUACACUGGAUCACAAAUCAGAAUGAAAACACCUCAAAAAACCAUGGAUCACCCUGAAUCACUCUGAACAGCUAGAUUUUAUACAGUGAAUGCUGGUGAUCCAUGGUGAUUCACUUUGAGUUACCUCUCUGUAUAUUCAGAAGAAAGUAUAUCACAGGGUCAUAAAUGGUAUUACUCCAAAUCACCAACAAUCACCUUGUUUCACAGUGAACCACUCCACACCAACAAAAAUGAUUUUUUACAGUGACUGCUGGUGAUCCAUGAAGAAUCACUCUAAAAUAUUUUCAUAUUUUAUAGAAAUUUAUGGCAAGGUCAUAAAUUUCAUCACCACAAAUCAUCAGCAAUCACCCUGUUUCACCAUAAAUCACUCCAAAACGGCAAAAGUGAUUUUUGACUUAAUCUCCUUGUGUGUACUGUAUUAAACAUUUGUCUCUUUAACUUUUAUUUUUUCUGCAGACUUUAAACCAAUUUUGACUCAUCUCAUUACCUAGUAAAACUCUACUAUAGUUACAAAUGACCUCUUGGACGAGAAUAUGUUAUCUUCUUAACAUUGGUAUCACUAUUCAGUCUGUUGAAAUAGUUACCAUAGAGACAAACUUUACAAAAACUUAAGGAUAUAGUUGUAAAAUAUUAAAAUAAAAAGAUUUUUCUUAUUUUCAGUGAGCUCUGUGGUGUGAACCCAUAAAUCUAUGGACAUUACAUUAUGAUAUUCUGUAGUCGUUAGGAGGUGAUGAUAAAACUAUAAUAAUCAUUCAUUAUCUGUAUUACAUAGUUAUAUAUAUAUAUAUACUUGUUGAUUAAAUAUUGUUUAAAGUUGC